AUGCCUUCCCUCUUCCCAACAGCGAGUGCGCUCAGCGCCGCCUUCAACUCAGUAUCGCCAUACCAACUCGUCCAAUCGCCACCCAAGAAGCGCUCACCCUACACAGCCCGCCAGGAACUCUAUGGCGCCUGGAGCGUAGUCGAGGACGCCGAGAACAAAGCCCAACAGCUCAGCAAUGCCGCAGCCAAAGAAGUCGAGAAAGCAAGCAAGACUGCUCAAGCUCAAGUCGGCAAGAUCGAGCUGUACAGCGCGAAGUACUAUGCCACCUGCACCUUCGGCGGCCUAAUGGCCUGUGGCAUUACCCACUGGGCCGUCACACCCCUGGAUCUCGUCAAGUGUCGCCGCCAAGUAGACAGCAAACUCUACCGGGGCAACGUAGACGGCUGGCGUAAAAUCAUCGCCUCGGACGGCUGGCGAGGAAUCUACACCGGCGGCUCCCCGACCUUCUUCGGGUACUCUAUCCAAGGAGCGCUAAAGUAUGGCGGGUACGAGUUCUUCAAGAAAUUCUAUUCCGAUUUGGUCGGCGAGGAGAACGCGUAUAAGUAUAAGACGUAUGUUUAUCUGGCUGGUUCGGCAUCGGCCGAGUUCUUCGCGGAUAUUGGGCUUUGUCCGCUUGAGGCCGUCAAGGUAAGGAUGCAGACGAGUAUGCCGCCGUUUGCUACGGGGACGUUGGAUGGGAUUAGGAAGGUUACGGCUGCGGAGGGGUUAGGGGGCCUCUACAAAGGCUUGGUUCCCCUCUGGGGACGCCAGAUUCCUUACACAAUGAUGAAGUUCGCCUCCUUCGAAACGAUAGUCGAAAUUAUGUACCACCGCCUCCCCGGCAAGAAAUCCGACUACUCCACCCUGGCCCAAACCGGCGUAGCGUUCUCCGGCGGCUACCUCGCUGGUAUCUUAUGCGCCAUCGUCUCUCAUCCAGCUGACGUGAUGGGAGAAGGGUUUGGGGCCGCGGUGGGGAGGAUAUACAAGGAUAUUGGGUUUGGGGGUUUGUGGAAUGGGUUACCCGUGCGCAUUGUUAUGAUUGGGACGUUGACGGGUUUGCAGUGGUUGAUUUAUGAUUCUUUCAAGUUGUUCAUGGGUCUGCCGACGACGGGUGGGGCGCCGCCGCCGCAGGAGGCGAAGUGA